GCUUAUAUGAAUUAGAUGAGUAACCGAGUUCCGAUAGAUCUGACUUUGAAUCAGAUUGUUUGAGUGUUUUUAAUACGUUACACAUUUGUUCAACUGAACGAAAAAAAAUGGUGUUUGUUUUUGUUUUCUUUGUGGUGUUGCUUGCAAGUUGUACCGUAUCUUUAGCCGAAUAAAAAAGAAAUGAGUCUACAUGGAUGAUGAUGUGGAGGAAAAUGACUGAACAAUUGAACAAAUUGCAGUUUGAACUAGAUAGAAUGAAAAAUCGAAAAUGUCCUAAUGGCUGGAAGUUAUAUUCAGACCACUGUUAUUUGUUCGUUUACAAACCAAUUACAUGGAUGGAUGCUAGGACUGAGUGUCAAAAUAAAGGCGGGUAUCUUGUAAAGGUUGAGAAUGGUCACGAGGAGACAUGGUUGACGUCAGAGUUGAAAGACGAGGUAUGGCUUGGAAUGAAUGACAUUCAGAAUGAAGGACAUUGGCGUUGGUCUGAUAACUCUUUUGUAUCGUAUACCAAUUGGAGAUAUAGCGAACCAAAUGGUGGAAGAUGGGAAAACUGUGGAUGCUACUGUAAAAAUUCCUGUUACUGGACUAGUUUCAAUUGGAAUGACAGAUCUUGUUCGUACCUAACAACUGGAUAUGUCUGCGAAAAGAAAAGAUGAGCAUCUCUGUUAUUUUAAAUUGACUGUCAAACUACCUUUCUAAGCGAUUUAUUUGCAACUACAUUUCAAAAUAGAUAAAAGUUAUAUAACCAAUUAUUAAUUUCGUCCAAUGUAGGCAUUCCUUAUUUGUCACUGGACCUUAAUACAGUCAGUAAAGCAAUUGACCAAUCUAUAUUGUUAGUUGAUGUAUUUCUACUUUUUAACUGACUCUUUAUAUAUGUUAUUUUAUCACUGAAUAAAGAUGAUAGCAGUCAA